GGUGUAUAUAUUCGUUGUUCACGUACACUUAAGCCACCAGUCUUUGCCUGGAGUAGCUUCUUCACGCCGACCGACUGACACUCACCAUGCGCCUUUUCGUCAUCCUCGCUCUUGUCUGUUACGUUGCGGCGGAGGAGUAUGGAGACCGCAUUGUCGGCGGGACGACGGCUACCCGAGGCCAAUUCCCCUGGCAGGCGUCUCUGCAGCAGCACCACAGCCAUUUCUGCGGCGGCACCCUCCUCAACUCUCAGUGGGUUCUCAGCGCUGCUCACUGCGAAGUCAGUGCUAGCAGUCUGACUGUGGUUCUGGGAGAGCACGACUUGAGCGGCGCACACAACGAUCAUGAGCAGAGCAAACAUGUCUCACGGGUCAUCGUUCAUCCCAACUACAACGACCAAACCCUGAACAACGACAUCAUGUUGAUCCAGCUGAGGGAUCCCGUCAACAUUAACAGCUGGGUGAGCCCGGCGACCGUGCCGUCCUCCAUGGUGGCCGACGGGACCGUGCUCACCGUGACCGGCUGGGGAAACACUCUCUCCAGCGGAACUAACUACCCGGACAGGCUGCAGAAGGUGAACGUGCCUGUUAUCAACCGUGCCACCUGUAACGGCGGGAACUCUUACGACGGUGAGAUCACCGCCAACAUGUUCUGUGCCGGCUACAUGGAUGGCGGCAAGGACUCCUGCCAGGGAGACAGUGGCGGCCCUGUCACGAGAGGCAGCACGGUGUACGGCGUCGUGAGCUGGGGCUACGGCUGUGCCGAGCGGAACUUCCCGGGUGUUUACACCAAGGUGAACAGGUACUACUCCUGGAUCAACGGUUACAUCAACAAGAUGCGCGUCUUCGUCUUCAUCGUUCUUGUCUGUUCCACUGCGGCACAGCAGUGCGGUCGGUCGUACUACCCGGACCGUAUCAUCGGUGGGACGGAGGCGACCCCAGGCAGCUUCCCCUGGAUGGUGUCCCUGCAGCAGAACAACUAUCACUUCUGUGGAGGCGCGCUCCUCAACGAUCGAUGGGUUCUCAGCGCCGCCCACUGCCAGGUCAGUGCUAGUACCCUGAGGGUUAUUGUCGGAGAACACAACUUCGGCAGUUUGGAGGGUACCGAACAGUCUGUCGGGGCAAUCCGGGUCAUAACACAUCCAAACUACAACGACAUGACCCUUGACAACGACAUCAUGCUCAUUGAGCUCAACCAUCCCGUGACCCUGAACUCCUGGGUCAGCCCGGCGUGUCUGCCCUCGGCCAUGGUGGCUGACGGAACCUCGGUCACCAUCACCGGCUGGGGAAGCACUCACCCCAGCGGAUCUCAUUACGCGCACAAGCUGCAGAGAGUGAAUGUGCACACCAUCUCCCGAGCCCACUGCAACUCACCACAUUCUUACAACGGGAUGGUCACCGAAAACAUGUUCUGUGCCGGGCACUCGGCCGGCGGUAACGACUCCUGCCAGGGAGACAGUGGCGGUCCCGGGGUGAGAUCCGGCACGGUGUACGGCGUCGUGAGCUGGGGCUACGGCUGUGGUGACCCCAGGUUCCCGGGUGUCUACACCAAGGUGGCAAAUUACGUCGGCUGGAUCAACAGUUACAUCAACGGUUGAGACGGCGGGUUCAACGCGAGAACAUCGGCAGUAGCAUCCUGACGACCU